AUGGACCAUUCUAACGGUGGUAACGCGUCGGACGACUCGCCGCGGUCGUCGACGUCGUCGCUGUUUGAAAAACUGGAUAGAAUUAACACCGCCAAGCAGUAUGAAGACUCAGCUGCCUCGAGCCUUCUGAGACGCGACCCUGCCAGCGAAAGAGACCUGGAAAGUGGCGCUCACAUCAACCCCCGAGUGUCACAGAAGAGCAAAAAGUUCAAGAAAUGGUUCAUGCUCGCCGGUAUGACUGCUAUUACUGUCUGGGGUCUGUUUGUUCUCGCCCUGUUUGUCCAGUCUCUGACCCAGCCUGAGGCGUCCAAAGACGUUCAGACUGUCGUUCAGGGCUCGAAACCAAAGACUAUCAUUCCCGGUGACGGAGGCGACAACGCAAACUACGCCGGCAGCAACUUCAAGCUAGUGGUGACUCCCCAAUCUGUCCGAACAGGCACUUUCCGACCCGAGUCCAAGUCUGUGCAGUGGAUUCAGGCCGCUGACCUCGAGGGAGCAUACCUCGUGCGUGACAGAAAGUACGUCGUGAAGACCUAUGGUGAGGACGACAAGGAAAUCGAAAUCACAGACACCUCUGUCCACUAUGGAGAACACAACCUGCGUAUCGACGAGCUGUGGCUGAGACCUGAUCUCAAAAAGGCAUUGUUUGUGACCGAGCGAAAGAAGAACUACCGACAUUCGUCGUUUGGAAACUACUGGAUUCUCGACGUUGAGAGCAAGGAAGUCAAGCCUCUUCUCAAGGGAGACGAUAAGGCUCGAAUUGCAGUCGCUUCCUGGGCUCCUAACGGAAAGGCCAUUGCUUUAGUGUACGAGAAUAACGUCUAUGUGACUCAUGUUGACAAGUACGAGACCGUCCAGGUGACCGACGAUGGAUCUGAACAGAUCUUCAACGGUAGACCUGAUUGGGUGUACGAAGAAGAGGUUCUUUCAGGUGACAAUGCUCUCUGGUGGUCUCCUGAUGGCCAGCAUCUUGCUUUCCUUCGUUCUGACGAUACCAAGGUUCAGGAGUUCACCAUCCCUUACUACGUUCAGGACCCCAAGCCCCAGGCUUACCCCGAGUACCGAUCUAUCAAGUAUCCCAAGCCCGGAUCUCCCAACCCUGACGUCCAGAUGGCUUUCUACAACGUUGAGGAGGAUGCCACCACUUUCAUCAACGAGCCUCUGGCUCAAGACGAUAUCAUUUCUGACGUGACUUGGUCCCAGACUGGUGUUGCUCUUAUUCGAGCCUCUGACCGAGAAGCCGACGUUCUCAAGAUUGUACAUGUGGACUCUUCCAAGGGUUACGCUGCCAAGAUUCUGCGAGAGAACAAUGUCAAGGAGCUGGAUGGAGGAUGGGUCGAGACUGUUCGAUCGUCCAAAAUCAUUCCCCAGAACGAGUCUCUCGGCCUCUUGGAGGAAGGAUACAUUGAUACAGUAAUUUCUGAGGGUCGAAACCACCUUGCUUACUUUGUUUUCGGUGAGCCUAAGCCCAGGACCAUGCUCACUUCUGGUGACUGGGAAGUCGUCAAUGCUCCUUCUUCUUACGAUGCGUCUACUGGUACUGUUUAUUUCCUGUCUACUCAGAAGGACCCUACUGAACGACACCUCUACUCUGUCAAGAUUGACGGUAGCGAUCUCAAACCUGUCACUAACACCACUGAGGAUGCUUACUACGGAGUCUCUUUCUCUGAGGACGCUCGGUUUGCUCUUCUGAGCUACAACGGCCCUGAAGUCCCCUAUCAGAAGAUUAUUGAUCUGCAUUCCGCUUCUCCUCUUGACGCCCCCAAGGUUGUCAAGAACGAGUUCCUACAGACCACCCUCGACUCUUACGCUCUCCCAACCUCUCACUUUGCUCAGAUCAACGUCGGUACCGAAGAGAAGCCCAUUCUGGCUAACUCUGUGGAGAUCCGACCUCCCAACUUUGACGAGAAGAAGGUCUACCCCGUUCUGUUCUUUGUUUACGGCGGCCCCGGUUCCCAGAUGGUCACCAAGACGUUCAACAUUGACUUCCAGAAGAGCGUCGCUGCUUCUCUGGAUUACGUUGUGGUCACUGUUGACGGCCGAGGAACCGGUUACAUGGGCCGUGAGUUCCUGUCUGUGGUUCGAGACGACAUUGGACGGCGAGAGGCCGCUGACCAGAUUGCUGCUGCUAAGCUCUGGGCCCAGAAAGACUAUGUUGACGCCAACCACAUGGCUAUUUGGGGCUGGUCCUACGGAGGCUACUGCACUCUUAAGACUUUGGAGGCUGAUGCAGGCGAGACUUUCCGAUUUGGAAUGGCUGUUGCUCCCGUGACCGACUGGCGGUUCUACGACUCAGUUUAUACUGAGCGAUACAUGCAUACUCCUCAGCACAACAAGAAGGGCUACGAACAGACAGCUGUGCAUAAUAUGACUGCUCUGGGGGCCAACGAGCGGUUCCUGGUCAUGCAUGGUUCUGGAGACGACAAUGUGCACAUGCAGAACACUCUGUCUCUGAUUGACAACCUGGAUCUCGCUGGAAUCGAGAACUACGAUAUGCACAUUUACCCCGACUCGGAUCAUAGCAUUUAUUUCCACAACGCCCAGGCCAUGGUCUACGACCGUCUCUACACUUGGAUCCAGCGUGCUUUUAACGACGAGUUUAGUUAG